UAAUUGGAAGUAGUAGACGGGGAGGGAAACAGGGAUGAGAUGACAAGGUGGGAAAUUGAAUUCUCAUCAACAAAAUGAAAGUUGAGAUAACCAACAAAUUGAGCUACUAAAAUUUCCCCAUUAAAGAAAUCCAAAUUAACAACCAUCAAUAAAUUACGUCUUUGUACUCUCUGUCCAUCUUUUCUUGUCGUCAAUAGUGGACAUGUAAAGAUGGAUGGAGGGAGUCUAACUAAAUGGUCCUUUCAACUCAACUUUUGCAGCAUCUAUAAAUUGGCCUUAUCUCUCAACUUGAUGAAGUAGUGAAUUGUUCAAUUUUUGCAUAAUGCCUAGUUUGAAUAUCCCAUUAUGCCUUAUUGUUCUUUUCUUAAUCACCCAAAGUAUUUGUAGCUCAGUAUCAGCUGCUGAUGACUAUUACUGCCCAAACACAACAACAACUUACAAUAUUUCAAACUCCUCUUAUCAUUCCAAUCUCAAUUUGCUACUUUCAACCCUCUCUAAUGCCUCGAAGGAAUAUCAGUUUUACAAUUUUUCCACUGGUGGCCGCAGUAAUUCAGAAAGAAUUUACGGUCUGUUUAUGUGUCGAGCUGAUUUUUUGAGUUUGUCAUGUCAAGAUUUUGUAACUAGAGCUGUUGAUGAAAUAGUCGAGCUAUGCCCACGGAGAAAAACAGCUAUAUUUUGGUCGGACGAUAACUUAUUACGUUAUUCGAAUCGAUUAAUAUUCCCCGAUCCAGAUUAUUCAUCCAUAAUUAACAAACCAAAUAAACCUUUUGUUCUGCUCAAUACUAAUAAAAUUAGCAUUCAUGAACAGAGUAGGUUCAAAAAGAAGCUAGGGGAAAUGAUGGAUGACAUGGCAAAUCGGGCUGCUGGUGAUCGUUCAAUAGGCAAGAAAUUUGCAAUUAGAGAAGCCAAUUCUAGUGGUGACAUAACCCUUUAUGCCUUAGCUCAAUGCAUUCCUGAUAUGUCUUCUUCUUCUUGCCUAAAUUGCCUUAGAAAUGUGAUCAAUGUCUUACACAAAUGUUGUGAUGAACUUAGAGGUGCUAGAGUUCAAUUUCCUAGCUGUUUUAUGAGGCAUGAAGUGUAUCCCUUCUACAAUCAACACAACGUACCUGCUCUGUCGAAACAUCAAGGGCAUAAUGGAAUCUACAAAACAGAACUACUAAUUAUUGUUUGUGUAGUCAUUGCCAUCGUAAUUCUUUUGUUUAUACUAUCCAUUGGAGUCUUUCAUUUGCUAGAGAGGAGAAGAAGGAUGAAAAGAAACAGUAUACCAAAGGAGAUGAAUAAUGAUGUUGCAGUUGAUCUUAUUGGUGGGAUUCUAACAGCUGAAUCCUUGCAAUAUGACUUUAGUACAAUUGAAGCUGCCACUGAUUACUUCUCUAUGGAAAACAAAAUUGGUGUAGGUGGAUUUGGUGAUGUCUAUAAGGGAGAACUUGUUAGUGGACAAGAGAUAGCUGUAAAAAGGCUAUCAAGACUGUCAAGCCAAGGUGUAGAAGAAUUUAAGAAUGAGGUUGUACUUGUAGCUAAGCUUCAACACAGAAAUUUAGUGAGACUGCUGGGUUUUUGCUUGGAAGGGGAAGAAAAGAUACUCAUCUACGAGUUCGUUCCCAACAAAAGCCUCGACUAUUUCUUAUUUGAUACGAAGACGCAAGCAACGCUGAGCUGGUCAGUGCGUGACAAGAUUAUUAGAGGAAUUGUACGAGGAUUAGUUUAUCUUCAUGAAGAUUCCCGUCCUCGAAUCAUACAUCGUGAUCUCAAAGCAAGCAACAUUUUGCUAGACAAAGAUAUGAAUCCAAAAAUUUCAGAUUUUGGCAUGGCUAGAAUAUUUGGAGUGAACCAAACUGAAGGAAGCACUAAAAUAAUUGUUGGCACAUACGGCUACAUGUCUCCAGAAUAUGCAAUGCAUGGCCAGUUUUCAGUGAAGUCUGAUGUAUUCAGUUUUGGUGUGCUUCUUCUAGAGAUAAUAAGUGGAAAGAGAAAUAGAUCGUUUUAUCAGGAAGAUAAAUUUGAUGAUCUUCUUAUCCAUGCUUGGAAGCUGUGGAAAGAUGGUAGAGCAAUGGAACUUGUAGAUCCAACUCUUAUUGGUCACUCAAAUUCGAUGUUAGAAAUCAUGAGAUGUAUUCAUAUCGGACUGUUAUGUGUUCAAAAUAAUUUGGAUGAAAGACCGACAACUGCUUUGAUAGCUCAUAUUCUCAAUACUGAUUCUGUUAUUCUGCCGAAGCCAAAUCAUCCAGCUACUUAUAAGGAUUAUACUAGAAUAGGAAAUACGGACCAACUCCCGAGUAAUUCCAUUUCAUCAUCUGUAUUUCAGGAAUUAAUUUCUGAAAUCUAUCCAAGAUAGUAUGGUUUACCAAAGAAAACUAUUUUCAUCACUUGAUUAGAUUGUCACGAAAAGUCUUUUAUGUCGAUUUUUUCUCUUUUUAUAAUUCUAUUUCUUAUAAAUUGUAACUAUUGAUUCUCAACUAUUACUUACCAGUUUUCUAUGAAGUUAAAAGCUCGAAUUGAGCUAAGAAUUAA